UCAAGGUGGCCAUGGCAGUGCCUUAAUUUCUAAGCGAGCUCUUGACAAACGUGAAAUGUGCUCGAGGUGUUGCGGCAAAGUCUCUCUCGCACCGAAAAAUCACUGAAAAAAGGCUCAACAAAACCCGCGAGGCUGUGAACUAGUUCGAAAUUAAUGUUUCAUGUGUCGGUGUGCUUGAUGUGUCCCUUUGUUUUUGUGUUGGAAGUGUUCGAAUAUGUGUAAUGUACCGCCAAAGUUUUAUCAGCUCUGUCGUCUUUGUUUAUCGGUAGAUAAGGAUGGUGUCGGGAUUUUCGAGGAUGCAGGCGCCCACGACGACCUCCCGGCCAAGAUAAUGACGUGUCUCUCCAUCCUGGUUGCCAAGAGCGACCCUCUGCCGCACGUCAUCUGUGUGAGAUGCAUCGAACAGCUCGAAGCUCUCUACAGGUUCAAAGAGGUCGCCCGGAAAGCCGAAGACCUCCUCAACCAAUUCCUAACGUAUACGAAGCAGCUGGCCGGAACAGCAGAGGAGAGGAUGAAGCGCUCGAAUGCCGUUCUGGAGUCGAUGAUGAACGCCUCCACAAUCCUAAAAGCCGAAGAUACACCCAACAGUAUUACAAUCAGUCUGAGGACGGAACCGGAGUCGGCGAAAGAGGACCAAAACCCGCACACAACCGAACCAACAGACUUACGAUAUCCGCCAGAUAGCGAACCGAACAGUAUACCCUCGCCAUCGAUAGCACCCAGCUUCGGCGAGGGGGCGAUGCAAAUCGACGACUGUCCCAACCAGCCGGCCGACCUAUCGAACAAGAAACCGGAGAACCUCACCUGCGUGCCGGAAAUCGAUUUCAUCAAAGAGGAGGUGAACGACAACGCCUCGGACUACAGCAACAGCUCGGACCCCGAGCGGCUGGAGGUGGACAUGUCGCAGGGCGUGGAGGAGCAUUCCAAUUCGACGACGGCGAGCGCCACCUCCCCCGUCCCCGACAACGUGCAGCCCGACGAAGAGGCGUCUUUGUGGCGCGCGCUGUCCCACAACGGCUACAACCCCAACGUGCCCUUGAGCGGCGAAGCCAGCCAACUACUCAGGAAACUGAUAACGUGCCGAAAGCUAGGCAUGAGCAUAACCCCAGCACCUCCCUUCGUCCUCGACGGCCGAGUCAGCUCCCCCAGCGAACCCCUCAACAUGGAAACCAACCCCAAGCCGUCGACGGGCCGGAGAAAACAGAGUUACCCCACCAAAGCCUCGAUCGAGGACUCCAGGAGUCCGGCCCGCGACGACGGCGAGGACUACAUCCCGGACUUCACCGGAAACAGCCCCUGGUGCAACCUCCAGAUCGUGAAAGGGGGCAAAGGGGGCGCCGGAAUGGCGCGACGGGUCGAUCUCUCGUGCACGAAUUGCGGGACGCAAACCACGACCAUCUGGAGGAGGAACAUGAAGGGGGAAAUGGUCUGCAAUGCUUGUGGGCUCUACUACAAGCUCCACGGCAUUGAUAGGCCGCAUACGAUGCGAAGGGACACGAUCCACACGAGGCGCAGACGUCCCAAAGCGGCCGAAGCGCGGAACGAGAAGGACAAGUGCCGGGAGUACCCGACUAUCAAUAAUCAGUUUAAAGCGCCGAAGAAGGGGCACGGGAACGCCGAGACCGCCGACACUGAAGACAUGUUGAGCGCGCUGCGGCGACAGAUCCAGCCCCACUUGGUGAUGGCGUUGCAGGGACACAAAACCACCGCCUAUCCUCACUUACAAGUAAGGCGUUUGAGGGAGUGUGGAGGAGUAUUGAGUGUUUGUUUGCAGGCAGCCAAUUUUGCCCAUUUCUUGCCGACGAGCGGUUCGCCGGGGGGCUCCGCCCCCGAGGUGGAGUCCGACGAGGAGAGUAUAGCGGACUUGCCACUAAACCUUGUCUCGACUCAAAUGACGGAAACGGAAAGUCAUUGAAACGAUUACCAGUGAUACCAACUACUUAACUAGAUACGUACAGAAAAAGCUUGGUUUAUUAAGUGCACCUAACUCGAUUCUUUGGUUACUAGUUUAAGUUUUUGUUUACUUAUUACGGAGCUCUCUUCAUUUUUCUCUCGACCCAGUUUUGUAGAUAUUUAUUUAUUUUUUAUUUUAUUAUGAUUCAGUACUUAUUUAAUGACAAAUACUCAGUUCUGUUACGUUAACUUAAAUUGUCUCUUUUCACCAAAUGUGAUAUUUUUCCAUGAUGCAUUAUUACCAGUACGACACCGCAACCAAAUUUUUUGCUUGAAGCCAGUAGUACCUUGUGUAUUUUUUAGUUUGUAAUCAAUACUCAGUAUUUUAAGAGAUCUUCACAGUUAUCGAAAUUUGACCAAAAUACUCAUUAUUUAUUCUCUUAUUUUGAUGUGAUGCAAAUAAUCUUAAUAAUAAUCAAAUACUCUUUGAUGGUUGAUUUUUCAUAAUGAAACUUAAUAAAAUGUUGUAAAGGAGUUAUUAAUAUUUUGUAGUUAUUUAGCUGUUAGGUUUUUUAUAUAUAUUAUUGUAUUUAAGCUUUUUCUUUGUCGCGAUCCCUUCUUUUUUGCUCUGUGAUUAUUUAACAGUUGCAAGCACGUACUACUCAGUAUUAUUAAAUAAUUACAGAUCAAUCAAUUAGACUAGACGUAACCUGGUAGUAUUAACAUUAUGAGUGAUAUUUCUUUAAUAUUUAACCCAUUUAAUAAUUAACUUAUUAAAUCCAAAAUCAGUAUUUUAUACAUUUUUUUAUUUUUUACUAAGCUAUAUUGCCUUAGGUCUUAGUUGUGUUAUUAUUUUUUAACUAUGUUUGGCAGCUAUGCCCGCAGCUUGAGAAAUUGCCGUAAAUGUUGCCCUUGUUCACGAAAAUUGUUGAUUUUUGUUGGAAGUCGAAUGUUUUGAAUGGUUGUGAUAAACUUGUUAGAACGAGCGCGAGCUCAAGCGAAAUCACCGAACUCGCGCUCUCUUGGUGUGUUUGAUUUUUCUACAUUUUUGUCUAUUUUUCUCAUAUAUUUUGUAAAGAGUGUUUUCUUAAAAAUAACUGUAACGUAUUAACAGAUUGGCUAAUAGAAUUUUAGAAUAUUUUUUUACAAAUAAACGCUGCAAUUACUUAA